GUGUGUGUGUGUGAUCCCUGCCCAGGCCACGCUUCCCUAAGGAUUUUAGCAUCCUGAGCGGCUCAUUCCUGCCAGCCCCGGACACCCACCCUUCCAGACACCCCCAGCUCCUUGCCACGCACCCGAGCUUCCCCCUGGAGCCCCCAGCUGAAGCCACCACCGGAGUGUUUGCUGGGAUGCUGGUGACACCAGUGGGCUGCCUGUCCUCCUCUGCCCCGGGCGGGACCAGAGCCUGACCAGCAGCUGGCAUGUUGCCCCCUCCAGCUCCUGCCAUGCCCAGUCCUGCCUGUCCUGCCCGUCCUGCCCCGAGCCUUGCUCUCCACCGGUGACCCACCCUGGGCUGCAUUUUGGAGCCAGGCAGCAGGGACAUGCUGCAGACAGCCAGGCUGCAGCCCCAGCCCAGAGGAGUUUUGCAGUGAAACCCGUCGCUUCCAUUCCCAAGAGUCACCCCAUCCCCUCCCCGGCUUGGAGAAACAUCUCAGGGGGUGAAUUUCUCCGCCUUUAGAGGGUGUCGAGGUCCUGGUCUGCAGGCUGGAAGAGGUGGGGGCUGCCAUGGAAGAGAAUGUGUUCAGUGUGCAGCAGAUCCAGCCCAACGUCAUCUCGGUGAGGCUCUUCAAGCGCAAGGUGGGCGGCCUCGGUUUCCUGGUGAAGGAGCGGGUCAGCAAACCCCCUGUCAUCAUCUCUGACCUGAUCCGGGGAGGGGCUGCCGAGCAGAGCGGCCUCAUCCAGGCUGGAGACAUCAUUUUAGCAGUCAAUGGCAGGCCCCUGGUGGACAUGAGCUAUGAGACCGCGCUGGAGAUCUUGAGAAGCGUCGCCUCCGAGACCUACGUGGUUCUCAUCCUGCGGGGCCCCGAGGGCUUCACCACUCACCUGGAGACCACUUUUGCAGGCGACGGGACACCAAAAACCAUCCGUGUCACCAGACCCCUCUGCCCGACCCCCAAGGUGGUUGACUUGUCCAACCCCAGCCCGCGCAGCAAGGAGCAGCCAGUGCCAACCCCCGAGCGCACCAUGGGCUCCCUGUGGACAAGAGAGAUGGGGAGGGAGGUGGAGCCCAUGGUCCACCUCAACGGUGUAGUUACCAGCAGCAAAGGGCAGGACGCUGGGAAGGGGAAGGAGGGGGCUCGUGGUCACCCUUGCCUCAACGGUGGGGUGGAGGACAAUGAGCUGCUCAAAGAAAUCGAGCCCAUCCUGGAUCUCCUGAAGAGCACCAGUAAGGACAGCCAUGGAGAUGCACCCUCCAAGGUAGAGACAAGAGAUAUAGAAGUCCAGGUGGACUGUUUCAGGGAAGGGGAAAACAAACCUCAGAAAGCCCUCCCAGCUCAGAUGGAGAACAAUCGUGUCCUGGGUGACCUGUGGGGGAAGAGCAACGUGCCCGUGGUCCUGAACAACCCCUACUCUGAAACAGAGCAGCCACCACCAUCUGGGAGACAGUCCCCCACCAAGAACACAGUGAAUGGAAGUCCUUCCAAAUGUCCCCGUUUUGUCAAAAUCAGGAACUGGGAGACGGGCUCGGUGCUCCAUGACACCCUGCACCUCAAGACAGCCAUGGCCACCGCCUGCACCGAGCAGAUCUGCAUGGGCUCAGUAAUGACCCCUGGCCAGUACCUCCACAAGUCAGAAGAUACCAGGACAAAAGAGGAGCUGCUCCUCUUGGCCAAGGACUUCAUUGACCAGUACUACUCCUCCAUAAAGAGAUCUGGCUCCAAGGCCCACAUGGAAAGGCUGGAGGAAGUGACCAAGGAGAUUGAAGCCACUGAUACCUACCAGCUGAGGGACACAGAGCUGAUCUAUGGAGCCAAGCACGCCUGGAGGAACGCAGCCCGCUGUGUGGGCAGGAUUCAGUGGUCCAAGCUGCAGGUGUUUGAUGCCCGAGACUGCACCACAGCCCAUGGGAUGUUCAAUUACAUCUGCAACCACAUCAAAUAUGCCACCAACAAAGGGAACCUCAGAUCUGCCAUCACCAUCUUCCCGCAGCGCACGGACAACAAGCACGACUUCCGCAUCUGGAACGCCCAGCUCAUCCGCUACGCGGGCUACAAGCAGCCCGAUGGCACCAUCCUGGGAGACCCAGCCAACGUGGAGCUGACAGAGAUCUGCAUCCAGCAAGGGUGGAAGGCCCCGCACGGGCGCUUUGACAUCCUGCCCCUGCUCCUCCAAGCCAACGGCAACGACCCCGAGCUCUUCGAAAUCCCCCCGGAGCUGGUGCUGGAAGUGCCCAUCAGGCAUCCCAAGUUUGAAUGGUUCAAGGACCUGGGCCUGAAGUGGUAUGGAUUGCCAGCAGUGUCCAACAUGCUCCUUGAGAUUGGUGGCUUGGAGUUUUCUGCCUGCCCCUUCAGUGGCUGGUACAUGGGGACAGAGAUUGGGGUCCGGGACUACUGUGACAACUCUCGUUACAACAUACUGGAGCAAGUGGCCAAAAAAAUGAAUCUGGAUAUGAGGAAAACUUCAUCCCUGUGGAAGGACCAGGCCCUGGUGGAGAUCAACAUUGCUGUUCUGUACAGCUUCCAGAGCGACAAGGUGACCAUCGUGGACCACCACUCAGCCACAGAGUCCUUCAUCAAGCACAUGGAGAACGAGUACCGGUGCCGUGGAGGCUGUCCUGCUGACUGGGUGUGGAUUGUCCCACCCAUGUCUGGAAGCAUCACCCCAGUUUUCCAUCAGGAAAUGCUCAACUACCGUCUCACACCCUCCUUUGAGUACCAGCCUGACCCCUGGAACACCCAUGUCUGGAAAGGAGUCAACGGGACUCCCACCAAAAAGAGGGCCAUUGGCUUUAAGAAGUUAGCAAAAGCUGUGAAGUUCUCAGCCAAGCUGAUGGGACAGGCCAUGGCCAAGAGGGUCAAAGCAACCAUCCUGUAUGCCACCGAGACCGGGAAGUCGCAGGUCUACGCAAAAACCCUGUGUGAGAUCUUCAAACAUGCCUUUGAUGCCAAGGUGAUGUCCAUGGAUGAGUAUGACAUUGUGCACCUCGAGCAUGAAACCAUGGUCCUGGUGGUCACAAGCACCUUUGGCAAUGGAGACCCCCCUGAGAACGGAGAGAAAUUUGGCUGCGCAUUGAUGGAGAUGAAGAAUCCCAACUCCAACCUGGAGGAGAGGAAGAGCUACAAGGUCCGUUUCAACAGCGUCUCCUCGUAUUCGGACGCACGGAAGUCCUCAGGUGAUGGCCCUGACUCCAGGGACAACUUUGAGAGCACAGGACCUCUGGCUAAUGUCAGGUUCUCUGUGUUUGGGCUGGGAUCUCGUGCUUACCCCCAUUUCUGCGCCUUCGCCCGGGCGGUGGACACCCUCCUGGAGGAGCUGGGUGGAGAGAGGAUCCUCCGCAUGGGAGAAGGGGAUGAGCUCUGUGGCCAGGAGGAGUCCUUCAGGACCUGGGCCAAGAAGGUCUUCAAGGCAGCGUGUGACGUGUUCUGCGUGGGGGACGACGUCAACAUCGAGAAAGCAAACAACUCCCUCAUCAGCAACGACCGGAGCUGGAAGAGGAGCAAGUUCCGCCUCACCUACGUGGCUGAAGCCCCUGAACUCACACAAGGACUCUACAGCAUCCACAAAAAACGUGUCUACGCCGCCCGGCUCAUCACGCGCCAGAACCUGCAGAGCCCAAAGUCCAGUCGCUUGACCAUCUUCCUGCGCCUCCACACCAACGGACACCAGGAGCUGCAGUACCUGCCUGGGGACCACCUGGGUGUUUUUCCAGGGAACCAUGAGGACCUGGUCAAUGCCCUGAUUGACAGGCUUGAAGAUGCCCCUCCAGCCAACCAGCUGGUGAAGGUGGAGCUCCUGGAGGAGAGGAGCACAGCUCUAGGUGUCAUCAGCAACUGGACAGACGAGAACCGUGUCCCACCAUGCACCAUCUUCCAGGCUUUUAAGUACUAUCUGGACAUCACCACCCCUCCCACCCCCCUGCUGCUGCAGCAGUUUGCUUUGUUGGCCACCAGUGACAAGGAGAAGAAACGUCUGCAGGUCCUUAGCAAGGGCUUGCAGGAAUACGAGGAAUGGAAGUGGUCCAAGAACCCCACCAUCGUGGAGGUGCUGGAGGAGUUCCCCUCAGUGCAGAUGCCCUCCACGCUGCUGCUCACACAGCUCCCCCUCCUCCAGCCACGCUACUACUCCAUCAGUUCCUCCCCAGAGAUGUACCCAGGCGAGGUCCACCUCACCGUGGCCGUGGUCUCCUACCGCACAAGAGAUGGAGAAGGACCAAUCCACCAUGGAGUCUGCUCCUCUUGGCUCAAUCGGAUACAGAGGGAUGAAGUGGUGCCCUGCUUUGUAAGAGGGGCUCCCGGGUUCCACCUGCCCCAGGACCCACAGGUUCCCUGCAUCCUCAUCGGCCCCGGCACCGGCAUCGCCCCUUUCCGCAGCUUCUGGCAACAGAGGCUUUUUGAGAUCCAGCACAAAGGUCUGAAGCCUUGUCCUAUGGUCCUGGUGUUUGGCUGCCGACAGUCCAGGAUUGACCACAUCUACAAAGAGGAGACCCUCUUUGCCAAAACCCAAGGUGUCUUCAGAGAGCUGUACACAGCCUACUCCCGGGAACCAGACAAACCAAAGAAAUACGUGCAAGACGUGCUCCAGGAGCAGCUGGCCCAAACCGUGUUCAAGGCGCUGAAGGAACAAGGAGGCCACAUCUACGUCUGCGGGGAUGUCACCAUGGCUGGGGAUGUCCUCAAGACCAUCCAGGGCAUCGUCAGGCAGCAGGGCCAGCUGUCGGUGGAGGAGGCUGGUGCCUUCAUCAGCAAGCUGAGGGAUGACAGCCGGUACCACGAGGAUAUUUUCGGAGUCACCCUGCGGACCUACGAAGUAACGAACCGCCUGAGGUCUGAGUCCAUCGCCUUCAUUGAGGAGAGCAAGAAAGACACGGAUGAGGUUUUCUGCUCCUAACUGGACCCUCCGCCCCAAGGGGAUGCCAAACCAGUCCCAGCACCUGCUGCCCCCUCCAGCUGGAGGGCACUGGGUUUUGUAUUUCACGGACACGGUGGCUCCUUUUCCUGGGGGAACUGCCCAUGGAAGCGCUCUGUCUCUCGUCCUGUUGUUGUGUCCUGAUGAUGAUGAUGAUGAUGAAUUUGAUUUCCUUUUCUUCCUCUUUCUCUUGCUCUCUCUCUCGUCCUGUGGCAGUUUCUUUUCACCCCCUUUCCCUGGAUUUCCCCACUGAAGUACGAUGGCUUUAUAACCUGCAGUGGCUCUUCCCAGAACCUCACGUUUCUCCUCCUUCUCACGAGGGCAUUUUGCAGCUGCAUGAAUUCACCACCUUUGUGAUCAUCUGUGGUUUUGGUGUUUUGGGGGAGCACAGAGGUGGCAGGGGCUGGGCAGUGGCUUGGUCUUGUUGCUUGACCAGAGCUGGGGGUUGUCGUCCCCCCCCACUCCCAGAUUCCCCCUUUGCCCAGCUCCAGGCUUGCCUGAAUCCUUGCAUUUUUGUGGCUUUCCUUUGGACCCGGGCAGAGCUGGGCACAUGCCCGAGGCUGGGGGCAGGUGAUUUGCAAUGCCCUGUGCCUGUGAACUUUGUCCAUCCCCCAGCAGUGUGGGUACAAGUGAGUGUUUUGACCCCCAGGGUGGGAUGUCUCUGAUUCACAUGUCAGGAUUUCUCCUAAAUGGACCCUGUGCUGUGUUUGCCUCCUCCUCUGCUCCCCAUAACCCUCCCCAUGACCCCCUCCUUUUGCUCAGCCCCCAUUUUUGCUGGCAUGAAAGCCCACCCCCACAGAGGAGCCAAGCACCAAGCACACAGGUUGGUGUGUAUGCUGAGGAAGAAGUGAUGGCAACCCCUGCUGCUUGGCCAGGCUGUCCUCCAGACAGAGGUACAGGAGAUGUGUGAUCUGCAGCCACGAUGCUGGUGGGAUUGAGGGACCAGCUGCAUCCCAGAGCUGUGCACGCUGCCAAUGUGUGAACCUUCUCCCAGGUGAGACUGGCAAGGACGGGAGAGAAGAGGCUCCAACCCUGGCUGCAAGAGGCACGAAGCCUAUUUGGGAGGCAGCACUUGAAGGGUUACUGUGGCUCCUACUCCUUAGUGAGGACCAACCGAGGACUCAUGAAAGCCCAGAGAGCAUCAGCUCCACCUUAGGGCAAUCUCCUGAGCAGUUCUGGGACAGCAGACCUCAGCCACGUCCACACCUUCAGGAGCAGAAAGUGCCAGCAGGGAGUGACCUGCCUGCCAAGAGCAAUACAAGUGGCACCUCGGUGGCAAAGCAGCUCCCUCCUCAGGCUCUGCACCAUCUGCCGGGACAUCUCCUGUGAGGAGGGAGGUGAGAUCAGCUGCAAAGAUGCUGGUGUGAUUCUGAGCUCUGACACGCUCACACCUCAGCCCUGCUACCAAAACCUGGCCCCACAAGCAAUCUGUUGACACGGUCACAGGAAGGGAUCAGUCCCUUGAGCAGAGACGAGCUCUCCGCGAGGUAAAGCAAGACUGACCUUGUGUGUCCUUCCUCCUUCUCCUCCCUUCCUCGCCCUGAAGAAGGUUUGUCCUCCCUCAGUGCCAGGAUGAGGACAGCAGGACUUGGCUGCAGCUCUUGUGGGAGGCAGGCUGACACGUUGAGUGGGUCAAUGCUGAUCUGCUCCUCCUGCCCCUGCUCUGCUGAACCGGGCGCUGAUGGAGCACAGCACCUGCCCUGCUGACAGCAGAGGGUUUGUCCAGGAGCUGUAAGGAGGAGCUUGCUUUCAGAGGCCUAAGAUUUGCUGUCCUAAGCCAAAGUCAGAACAAAAGGAGCUGCAGGAGGUUUGUUGUUCCUGGCCCCAGGCUCUGCAGUGAACCCCAUCCUCAGCCAGGACCUCCUGUCCUUUCCUGCUGCUUGGCUGCCCACAUCUCCCUCUGCUCUGACCAACUCCUGCAACGCUGACUCCAGGAGUGCUUGAAGCAGCUCCAGCCCAAAACCCAGGAGAAAAAGACCUCCAGAAGCUGGGAGAAUUUGAGAUCCAACUCUCAGUUGUGCUGGUCCCAGCAGAGCAUCCAGCCUGGAGCAGGGAUGUGGAAUGAAGAAAUGCUGCCACGGUGUGGACGGAGCCCGGCGCGCUGGGGAACCUGCUGCAAGGGCAGGUUUGUGUCACUGCCUGAGGGCUUGGUGACAUGGAGGUUGAGAGCAGGACGAAGGGCAGCCCCUGGCCCACCUCUGUGGGUUGUGCCCUAACCCCAGGGCAGGCAGAGGGAUGGGGGAGCUGGGCUCCUUUGCCCCUGGGGUGUGUGGAUUUGGGCAGAGGUCCUGGUUGUGGCAGCCCCAGAGCUGUGAGCCUCCAGCAUGGCCCCCACCCCCAGCCCUGUGGCUGCAGUAACACAGCUAAAAGAAUAUAAUAAAUCAUUAAACUCAUCCCCUUCCUUCGGGAAAUUCAGUUCUGGCUCCAGACUUUGUGCUCUGGUCCUCCAGAAGGAGUGCUGCAACCUGGAGAGGAGGCACUGCCCACAGAAAUGUCCUUGUCUUCGUCCUCUUUCCAGCUCAUCCUGUGUUGCUGGCAACUAAUUUUCUCCUGUCCUGCCUUCUGCCUGUGUUGGUUUAACAUCUCCCAUCUGGAAGUCAUGUUGCUGCUGCAGUCUGUGCCUGGGAUGAACUGGCCUGCUUCUCCUGCACCCCAAAGCUUGUCACCUCCACCUGCCCCUUCCACCCGAGCUACCAGUGACAUCAGGGGGAAACACAGCAAAGGGCCCAGGGGCCUCUGGUGGGAUCUCCAGGGGGGUCUGUGCAGGGCAGGCAGCCAAAGCCCCCUCAAGUUCAACAGGCAUCGGGUAGGUGAGUCCUUCAGGGCCCUUUGGAAGGGAAACUGUGUGUUCUGAGGCCAGCCUGCCUGCCUGGCCUUGGAGAAGAAGCAUCCUCCCUGCCGUGGAGGUCCAUGAAGGCAAAUCUGUCCCCCAGGGCUCCAGCUUCUCCUCCCUCUGCCUGAGAAGGAUGGUUCCCUCCUCACAAGCUGCACUGCUGGGAAUUUUGAUUCAUCCUAUUUUGUCGGAGCCAGUCUCAGACCCCUUACCUUCUCCUUCAUCCCUCUCCCCUGCAGGGGCUUUGCACUCCCCUCCAGCUUCAUUUUCUCCCACAGCAAAGGGGGAAAUAAACGGACGGGCCCGCUUUACCAUUCCAGAAAUGUGGCUCUUUCACCAGUUGUCUCAGCUCUGCUCACCUCAGUGUGACACUUCUGAUGCGUGGGUGUAGCUACAAUUCUCUCUGGGCAUGCAGAAACAGCAGAGAACAAGGUGGGGUCUGCACAGACCAGUGCCAAGAGCUUCUUGGGGGUGUCAUGCGUGGAGGGUCGUGCCCCUCGGGCACUGGGGUCACAAAUCUGUCACCUCUGGGUCCCUGCUGCCCGUCCAGGCUUCUGCAGCAGGGGGAUAUUGGACCUGAUGGACACCCAGCCUGAUCCAACUUCCAGGCCCCUCUCCUGGAGGAUGUCCACAUCCUUUCUGCCACAGCUCAGCUCCUUUUCACUCCCCAGGGAUUUAACAUGAAGAGGCUUUUCUCUAAACAGAUUCCAUUUUCAAGACACCGUGAAGUGAGGGUUGUUGUUGGUUUGGGGUUUUUGUUCCUCCAAGAUUUUAAGUCCUAGGUUUUUCAAAUGUCCACAGAAUGUUACAUAUGAACCUGAAAACUCCUGGACACUGGUUCUCCAGUUUUCCAACCUGCUGUGUCCACUAGCAGGGAAAAACAAUCUGUUCAUUCAGUGCAAGAGCAUCUACUGCCUGUGCUGUUGAUGACUUCAAAGGUUUCACCUCUCCAGAAGGACUGCCUGGGAGUCUGCUGUUCUUCUGCUUACAAGAGACAGCAGGAAAAUAAUGAGACCACUGCCAUCAAGAGUCAUCUCAAAGGUGACACCUCCAGGACUGUUGCUGGGUGGGCCUGAGUUGGUUGCCCUAGAGGAACCAAGUCAGUCACAUUCAUGCCAGCCAGAGCAACGGGGGCUGAGUUUGGGCUGGCCAUGCUCCCUGUCCUGUGCCUACACGUCCCCAGGGGCAAGGAGGGGACUCUGUUCACACCCAGAGCAGUGUGAGGCAACGUGUCCAUGCAUGACUGGCUAACUUACAGUUGUGUCCUGAGCAGCCGUGGUGGAGAAGAGGAGAUGGGAAGAGACAGGAGCUGCAUGAAACUGUGUCCAGCCUGGGCUUGCUCUGAUAGUUCCUUUACCAUUAGUGUAUGAUGCCUCUCGCCCCAUUCCAGGCUGGAUCCCAGGCUCCAUCCACCAUUUCCCCCUGGAGAUCCCUCCUUUCUCCUCCUCAGCCCAGCCAAAAGGUGCAGGGAGCUGCUCAGCAAGGUGGGUGCUGGGGUGGCCAUGGACUCGCAGCACCUUGUGCUGGGAGGAGACCGUUGCCCCAGGGUUGCCCUCCCUUCCUGCUCUCUCCAGAGAUGCUCCUAGCACAGAGAACUGGGGGCUGCCUUCAUUUUACAGGUGGUGGGCCAGUUCCCCCUGGGAUAACUGAGGGCAAACUUCCAGCCCUGCUUGAGUUGUGCUCUGCAAGUGAAGUCCCAGGGAUGGGGUUUCAGAGGGGAACAGGGGGGGUGCAGGGUCAGAGUGUGGGUGCAGAGUGGACACCACCUCCUGCAAGCACCACAGGUCUGUGAACACCUGCCAGGUUCUGGAGACCAUGCCUGUAUUCAGAUGCUUUGGGGAAAGGGUGUGUUUGUGCUUGAAGCUUCAUGGACUUGCACCAAACCCAAGCCCAAGCUGCUGCCUCCUGACAUGACCAUUGCAGUCCUGAUUUGUACCUGGGGGGAAAAGCUGCCGAGAGUUCCCAGCAUGUUUGGGAAGGAGAAUCUGGUGCUCAAAACGAAAUUUUGUUCCUUCUUUCACUGGGGACCAGUUCCCAGCUUCUGAAUUGCUCUGAUAACUUUGCAGUGGUGUUGAUAGCUCCAGAGGGGAGCACAGCCCCUUCACACAACAGAUGGAGACACAUAUUCAGGGCCGCUCAGCUUCACCACAAUCCUGCCUUUGCUACAACCAUUUCUUCUGCUAUAACAGGAGGAGCAAAACUUGGUUUGAAAACUCCAUUCUCCAACUCAGAUCAAAUCAAUCUGGAGUCUGAGCCUCCCCAGAUACCAAAUGUCUCCCCCACCCACCAGCUUCGGGGGCCUUGGGGAUUCCAGCAGCUUGCAGGAUCAGGCUUUCUCAGCAGCAGCAAUUCCACAACUGCUGUAUUUCUGAGUGUGUCAAUCUGCACUUGCCUGCCACGUGUGGCUCUGGUGGUCCAUUUGAAAUCUCCCCUCAACAGGGAGAUCUGAGCUCUAGCUUCUUCCACCUGGCUGUGUGUGUGUGUCCCAGGAAAUCAGGGGAGCUGGGGCAAGCUAAUGAGAUUGCUGCUUUAAAGCACUUGGUUCCAGAAGUAAACCAGACCUGACCAGAGGUUGAAAUUGGCUUGGUUUUUCACAUGGGUCCAUGGGCAACUCAUGAAAUACUUCAGCAGAUCCUCCUGCUGUGCCAGGAAUGAAGUAGACAAGGAACUCUUGGCCUCCACCCCGACAGAGGUUUGGCUGUGUUGGAAGUCUGAGCCAUGGAAAUCACAGGAAAAAAAAACAAAAACAAGAAAGCAGCUUGUGACUUCACAGCUGUGGGUUGUUUGGCAGGGACAGCUCCUCCCUGCCAGGGCUGCUGCUUUCCUGCCCAACCCAUUCAUGUCCCAACCUGGCCAGAUUUCAGGCAGGAAGAAAACACCUCCCGAGCAAGAAAAUCCAACCUGUGAGCCUUGCCUGGAGAAUCCCUCCUUGAGCAGGAGUCCCCAGGUCAAGGCUUUGCAGCUACUCCUCAUUCCCAGGGCAAAACACCAGGAGCUUCUCUUGUCAGGGAAGAAACUUGAGGAGCUUUUGUGGGGCUGCAGAAGAUCAGAAGCUCAGAGCUGAGCCUCCUGCACAGCCUGCUCACAGCAUCUGGGGCUGGGUCAGACAUCAGCCUUCCAGGGACCUUCUAAAUACUUUCCAAAAUGUAAAGCCUCAACACUGCCAAAGCUGAUCCAAAAGAGCAUCUGAUUUGGGGCUUCUUGUUGCUUUGUUUUCAUGCCUUGGCUCUGGGUGGGUGAGGAAAGCAAACAAAAGGGUUUAUCACAUUGUUUGGGGCAACACUGAAGAUUGUGUCACCGGGAUAAUCACUGAGGGAGGAUUUCAGAUUUUCCAAGGGCAACAGAACUGCCUUAAUGUCUAUUCAAAAAGAGGCAUCAGUGCUACUGGCUUCUGAACCUGCUUUUUUAUUUUCCUGUCCGUGUGGUUGUGGCAAGGAAUCAUGUCUUAACCAGAUCUUCACAGUCCUGGACAGGAUUUCCAGAAACAGAUGUUGUUUCAGCAUCUCCUCCUGCCCAGCAUU